CCCCGGCGGGGCGGAUCGGGGAGGGCUGUCUCCCCGGGCUGGGAUUGCUUCACUUUGCGCAGGCGUUGCCCCAGCACCAUUUUAACGAGGGGACGGGCUCUCCUCUGCAGUGCGCUUGGUGUGAAGCAGCAGGCUCGCAAAUAAAUUGAAUGCACAGUUAAACCGAGGGGCUGUUUGCAGACACGCAAGACAAGUUGCAGUGCGGGGGGGAAAAUGGCUGAUUCUACGCAGCCUGAAAAAAUACCGUCCUCGCAGGGCAGCGACGGUUUUGCUGAUGCCUCCGCCGGACACAACGCACCUUCCCCGGGUAAAGACGUCAAGCCCACCCCUCCCGCAGCGUCCAUCGAUUCCUUUCUUUCUUCUCCUCAGCCUGUAUCUCUCAUUCAGUCUCCUCAAGAAGGAAUAAAGGGGCUCGUCUCCAAUAAGCCUUCAGAAAGCGUGGCGACUUCCCUGCGGUUUCUAUCCCAGCCCGGCUCAUUCGCUCCUGUGGUCUUCGAUAGUCACAGCCAAGCUUUGGGCAACAGAAACCUUCCUGAGCCUCCAGUGGAGCUCAAGGAAGCUACGAAAAUAGAGGAAGUCCGAGGAGUCGGCACUGAUUCUGUGAUCGAAGCUGUGUCUAGCGAGUCCCCUCGACAUGUCGCCCCCAUUUCGGGAACAGGGGUGACGUUCCAUGCUUUCAGCAACCUUGGCCUGAGCUCUUCCCCCGAUGAGGUUCAUGGUAAAACCCCUGAUGAAUCUCCAGCCACGAAGGUGCAAGAACUCAGCCAGGGUGUGUUUUCACGAGGACAGACCCCAGAAGAACCCAAAGUUCAGGGAAAGCCGAAGGCUGACAGCGAGACGUGGGGCGACGGAGGUUUCAUGCUGUUCAAAGAAAGCCAUUACGAGAGAUCUCCCAUCAAAGAGAGCACCGAACUGUUCUCCCCGUUCAACAAAGACCCUUCUCCGGAUCAAGACUCGCCUGACUCCCCUUUCGAAGUGCUCGACGACAGCCAGAGAAAACACAGCUUCGGGAAAGAGUUCCUGGAAACCGUGACGUCAGAGUGGGUCCCAACUCAGAUCGCUGCAGCAAAGGUGGUCCCUGAUGUCGAUCAAGCCAAAGACGAGAAGGAUCAAGGACCUUUUGGACCUCUGGCUGACAUCCAUAGCAUUGAAGUGACUACCAACCUAGAGAAAACUAUCUGGGGAAAAGAACCAGCUUACAAAUCCAUGGAGAAAGAAGCAGAGGAGGAUUCUGAUGAGUCUAGAGACAGCACGCCUGAGCCAGAUGAGGAAGAGAAGAAAAUAUCUUCAGUCUCUGGCAGAAAGACUGCCCCGCCUCCAACUCCGCCUCCUCUUCCUCCUCGAGCAAAACCCAUCGAUGCCCAAGUAGAGGAGAAACAGGCCAGUCCUGUCAAAGAAUCUAGCGAUGAGGACCUCGACUUCUUGCCAACCGCCUACAUCUGGGAAAAACCAGAGAAAGAUGCUAAAAAAACACAAAAAACUCUGGAAAAAUCAUGUGCAGACUUUGAAAACUUGCCUCCAGCAUAUUCUGAAGUAGAAACCACCACCAUCGCCGCUGCCAUCACCUCCUCUUCUCCACCGAGCUACGCCAGCUUUAAAUUCAACACUGAAGAGCUUCUCAAAAGCCAGCAGCCUGCAACCGCGAAAGUGCCAGGUCCGAACUGGGGUGUAGACUCGGAACCAGUGGAAAACGUGGACGCAGACAGUUCUGGGGAGUCCGAUGACACCGUGAUCGAGGACAUGUCGGUAGUGACGGAGCGAGAACCAGCUGUUCCCAAAUCCACCGCGACCGUGAAAGAUCCAGAAGAGAUGGAGCAGAAAGUAGCUUCUGCUAAAUUGGAGAAGCCCCUCUUGGUCCCGAUCAUCAACGUUAUCGAAACAGAGGAGCAGAUCAUCAGUGACGACGAGAGUGAUGAGAAAGCUUCCGAAGUGGUCGUGGAACCUGCAGACCGAGCUGGAAAAGGCAGUAGCACUCCUGUCGCUGGUACUACGCCACAGGACUCCAAACCUGCCGAUGCUGUCGUAGGGAAAGAGGAUUCUCAGCCCACGUCAGCUGAAUCUAAAACCGAGAAACCAAAGCAGGAUUCAGAACCAGUCCUAGCUGAUUCUGAAAUCAAGAGCCCUACCCAGGACUCGGAAUGUAUCUUUACGGAUUCCAUAAUGGAGAAACUGACGCAGGACCCCAAACCAGUCCAAGCUGAUCCUAAAAUUGAGACACCCUCAUCUGUUCUAGCUGAUUUUGCAGAAGAUAAAUCUGCACAGGACCAAAAACCUAUCCUGUUUGAUUCUGAAACCAAGAAAUCUACACAAGAAUCUCAAACUUCCUUAGAUUCUGUAAUGGAGAAACCAACACAGGACCCCCAACCUGUCCUGUUUGACUCUGAAACCAAGAUUUCUUCACAAGACACUAAAACCAUCUUCACUGAUUCUGUAAUGGAGAAACCAACACAGGACCCCCAACCUGCCCUGUUUGACUCUGAAACCAAGAUUUCUUCACAAGACACUAAAACCAUCUUCACUGAUUCUGUAAUGGAGAAACCAACACAGGACCCCCAACCUGCCCUGUUUGACUCUGAAACCAAGAUUUCUUCACAAGACACUAAAACCAUCUUCACUGAUUCUAUAAUGGAGAAACCAACACAGGAUCCCAAACCUGUCCUGUUUGACUCUAAAAUCGAGACGCCUCUUUCAACAGGGGUGGAAAGCAGUGUGGAAAGUUUUCUGACGGGAGGAGCUGUCAAAGCUGAUGCUUACGAAAAGGCAGUUCAGGAUCUUGGGGAAAUGGAAAUGGAAAAGGAAGAUCCCACCAAGAGGAUCCAGCCAGUUCACCUUGCAGAGACUGUAGAAGUCCAGCCCACCAGCAUUGACGCUUCACAGGCUUCGUUCAGCUAUGCACAGGAUGUACCGACCAAUACCACCAGCACAGCCACCACUGUUCAAACCAGAGCAGAGGAGCCUGUGGUGGCCAGUGAAGAAGUAGCCAAACGCCUCCCCAAGAUCUCCUUCCCUUCUGGAAAGCCAGAAGACCUCUUGCCCAGAGCAGGACCCGCAGACCAACCUCCCGCUCGGAGCAUCCCGCCUGCCAUCCCGAAAGAAAUGGCAAGCCGUGGAGGGGCAGAGAGCCCGCUGCCUGUGUUCAAGGAAGAGCUGUCGCGUGCAGAGGACUCUCCGGACAGCACCAGUGACCCGGAAAGCAUCGAACCGGAGUGCUCUGUCUCUGCAGCCACCGACAGCUUCGUGGAUUUCAUGAGGGAAUGCCUCAAGUCCCGGCAAGACGAGUCGCCAGAAGACCUCAGCCAUGAUUUUACAGCCAAGGUUUCGACCACGGCAGCCGUGGCGGGCUCCGGGCGACCACAAGCCGCGCCGACCGUGGUCCUGGAUUUCGAGCAAGAGGAGCUUACAAUUAAGGCCCUCAAGGAACUAGGAGAGAGCUUAGAGGAGGAGGAAGAUAGAAACAGCCCUGCAUCUAAACCUGGAGUCCAAAAGCUGCCGCUGUCAUCGCAAGCUGCCCCAGAAUCCGUCUCAAAGCAGCAGACCGCCACCUCUCCCGUUCAGUCCCACCCAGGGGUGGCUGAGAUCUCUCCCUCAGGGGCUCCUAGAGAGGUAGAGGAGGCACCUGCAGAUGAUAACCAGAGGGCAGCGGCCGCUGCAGAGCAUGCAUUAGCAGCUUUACUAACCCAGAUGUCAGUGUGGGAGCUGAUCUACUGGCGGGAUCUGAAGACGUCUGCCGCUGUGUUCGGGGUCACCCUGCUGCUGCUGCUCUCCCUGGCUGCCUUCAGUGUGGUCAGCGUGCUCUCCUACCUGCUCCUGGCUCUGCUCACCGUCACCAUCUCCUUCCGCGUCUUCAAGAGCGUGGUGCAGGCGGUGCAGAAAUCGGACGAAGGGCAUCCCUUCAGGGCCUACAUUGAGAAGGACAUCAGUCUGUCCUCAGAGUCCUUCAGCCGCUACGUGGACACGGGCCUGAGACACUGCAACUGUGUCCUCAAGCAAUUGAGUCGUCUCUUUCUGGUGGAGGACCUGGUUGAGUCUCUGAAGCUGGCAGUGUUCAUGUGGUUGAUGACCUACGUUGGCGCGGUCUUCAAUGGCAUCACGCUUCUCAUCAUAGCUCACAUUCUGGUGUUCAGCAUCCCUGUUGUUUAUGAGAAGUACAAGACUCAGAUCGAUCACUAUGUUGGAAUUGUACACAAUCAAGUCAAGUCAGUCGUUUCAAAGGUCCAGGCAAAAGUCCCGGGUUUGUCGAAGCGCAAGCCUGAAUAAACCCUGCGCCCCUCCCCAGCCCCCCUCUCUCUCCUCAACCCGUGGUCUGCACUGAAACCUCCCACUCGAGCUACUUCGUAAUCAAUGUAACCGUGUAACUACACUAGAGAACAGCUCUGCUCCGCUCCCUUUGUUUUUUGCAACAAAUCAAAUCUUAAUGUAUCUUAACAAGUAAGCAGGGACUGAACUAAAGGCUGUUUUGCAGUGAACGAAACUAAAUCUGUGACCUGAUGUUUAUGGAACGAAAGCCAUUGCGCUGGGAGGCUAGGCUAGUUGUGUUGGGGAAACGGUACUGAGCUAUUCUUUCAAUGAACAAAAAAAAACACUGUAGGUCAAUAUUAUUAGGGUCAAAUAUAAA